AUGACUUACAACGUUAACAACGAGACAUACGAAUGGCAUUCGGCGCAGGAAGAUAUUGUACAGAAAAUCAAGGAGCUGAUGGAGAGCGAAAAGAGUGAAGACAUAGAUAGUCUGACCUUUACGGCGGACAAAACG